GCGAGAAGCCGGCCUCCGGAGUGCAACCCGGGCGAGAAGAUGGUCCCCCACAGCCUCGCUCUCCUGCUGCUGCUCGCCGCCGCCGGCGCGCGGGCGGAGUGGAAUCCCGCCGAAGUGGAACUCGAGGUCGCCUUCGAGGAGGAGUCCGAGCGGGCGGCGGCGUACGAGGACCUCGUCCUCAAAUACGCGCCUUACUUGAGGUUCCAUAAACUGGAGGGGCUGGACGACUUCUGCUUCCCGCACAACGCCUCCGACUACUUCCGCGUGCGCGACGCCGACGACUGGAGCCGCCAGUGCAACAUGGACUACGCCACCAUCCACGCCGACGAGGUGCCCACCUACUGGCACGCCAUGGAGUGCGGCCGCCACCUCCACAUUGCUUACUGGAGCUUCUACGGAUAUAACCAUAACUGCGACUGCUGCUCCGGAGAACGAAAUGCUUGGUGGGAAUUCUUAGUAGUCAAGGUCCGCGAAUGGAGCACCAACCCCCACAUGCACGAGGUCAUGUUCGGCCAGAAGGAGGGCUGGUACACGAGGAUCGCCGGCAACUACGAGCUCCAUGACGAGUCGCACCCGGUGGCCUACGUGGGUCGAGCGGGACACGGCUUCUACCACGACAGCGGCGGCUCCAACACCUGCUGUUAUUACGAGGACACGCGCAACCCAG